CUCGCGUCCCCUCAGGGCCCCAGCGCUGGCUUCUGCGGUCGCCAUGACGGCGGCCGUGUUCUUCGGCUGCGCUUUCAUUGCCUUCGGGCCCGCUCUCGCACUCUACGUGUUCACCAUCGCCACCGAGCCAUUGCGUAUCAUCUUCCUCAUCGCCGGAGCUUUCUUCUGGUUGGUGUCUUUACUGAUUUCAUCACUUUUUUGGUUCCUGGCAAGACUCAUUACUGACAACAAAGAUGGACCAAUGCAAAAAUAUCUGCUAAUCUUUGGGGUGUUGCUCUCCAUCUUUAUCCAAGAAAUGUUCCGGUUUGCAUAUUAUAGACUUCUGAAGAAAGCCAGUGAGGGUUUGAAGAGCAUAAACCCAGAUGAGACAGCACCUUCUAUGCGUUUGCUGGCCUAUGUUUCUGGCUUGGGCUUUGGAAUCAUGAGCGGAGUAUUUUCCUUUGUGAAUACCUUGUCUAACUCCUUGGGCCCAGGCACAGUGGGCAUUCACGGAGAUUCCCCUCAGUUCUUCCUCAAUUCAGCUUUCAUGACGCUGGUUGUCAUACUGCUGCACGUGUUCUGGGGCAUAGUAUUUUUUGAUGCCUGUGAGAAGAAGAAGUGGUAUGUCCUCCUCAUUGUUCUCCUAACCCAUCUGCUGGUGUCUGCCCAGACCUUCCUAAAUCCUCAUUAUGGAAUAAAUCUGGUGUCAGCAUAUAUAAUCAUGGUGGUCAUGGGCAUCUGGGCAUUUUUUGUUGCUGGAGGCAGCUGCCGAAGCCUGAAACUAUGUCUGCUCUGCCAAGACAAGGAUUUUCUUCUUUACAACCAGCGCUCCAGAUAACCUCCAACAAUCAGCACCUCCCAAACAACAGGCUGCAUCUUUAGAGGAAGCACAACUGUGCCUUUUUCUAAAACAAAAAACAAAAAUCUCCUUUCUUUUCUGGUGGAAUUUAGAAAAGCAAAACUACAUAGGAAUUUCAUUUACAUGGAUUUUAAGCAACAGGUCUCUGAAAGGGAUGCAUCUAGUAGUCGGCAUCUUGGUUGCACAUGAGAGUCACCUGGGGUUCCAAAAAGAAUUCUUUUUCUGGGCUCCUCACUCCAUAACUAGCCUGAACAUUGGGUAAUUUUUGAAAGUUUCAAGGUGAUUGCGAUGUGGAGCCACUGGAGUAAAAAUGGGAACUUUCUGAGAACACUCUUAAGUGGAUGAGAGUCUGGUGUUUGGCUCCUAACUCAACUUGUGCUAAGCAGGUAAACGUCUCAAUGUCACAUCCUAGUUAGCCCUUGUCUUUAUAUUCUGAGGCCACAGAAGCCUAAAGAGCUGUCACCUCUGUGGACUGUUUCCAUGGACUUCACUAGGACCAUUUCAGAGAAACAUGGUGGGUUGUGCUUCUCAAUGCAAUAAUAAAUUACACUGACUUAUAUGAUAAUUUAGCCAAAGUAAGAUUUGAUUCAUAAGUUAUAUUUUCCAAAGUUCUUCCAUCUUAGGUUUUGCUUUUUGAGGCGUUACAUUAUUUUUUUAGUAUAAAUUCAGUUUAUUUUUUGACUUUCUUGGGAAAGUAUAAAAUCAAGAAUUGUUGUGCAAAGUCUUGAGUCUUUCUUCAUCUUAAAGCUACAGUGCUUCCCAUCUGAGCACUAGGUGCUGGGCUGGGUGAGGUGAAGCCCAUUGUUUUACCUGUGAGCAGCUUGUUAGGGAGCUGAGACAUGUGCCCUGGUUCAGGCUUCACUCUAAGCAUGAGGAAAACACACCAGAGGGUGAUGUUCAGACCCUUUUCAUUUGCUCCUAUGUUGUUGAGUAGCACUUUCACCCGAAUGGUAUUGCAUCAUGCUGUCACCUAACCCUUAAUAAUCUUUAGAUCUACUGGUAGUAGGUAUAUCUGGGUUUUGGUAGUAUUCAUUCAACAUUCCCUUUAUAAAAAUAUUCAAGGUGUUUGUUCAGCUUCUAGAAAAUCAUUUUUGUUUCCUUUAUAAAGAGGAUUUGCUAAUGAAUGAGUUUAUUAACUGGAAAUUGUUCCCAGGUAAUGUCUUUGGGGAGCUGGUAGUGUGAAAUUGACAUUAUCAUCUAUACAUUAAGGUGAUACCCAUAUGUGUAGUAGAACACCAAAAAGAAAUAGAGCCAGCAGUGAGUGCUCAGAAAUAGCGUGAGAGGUGGAUGAGUUUGACAAGACUAUGACAGGGAGGAAGGAUGGGGAUAUUUGAAACAGAAGUGCAGCCAGUUUUGAGCUAACCGUGUGUCACUGCAGAGGUCAGAACCUUGCAUGUGAACUAGAUUUUUAUUAAUAAAACCUCCUUAUGUUUGAAAUAUUAGGAUAUCUCAAUCCAGAGAUUCAAGAGGAGUAGGUCUUUUAACAAAGCUGUAAAUAGUCUGAUAAGCAGUUGUAAUUCCCAUAAAGAUUACUUCAGCACUAAUACCAGCACUUCUACUGGAGCUUGUAGUUUUCCAGCUUUAUGCAAGAUUUUCCUUGGACUAGAAGAGUCAAGGACAUAAAGACUGAACAGAGAAACUUCGUGUGCAGAGUCAAGAGAGAUAAGAGGCCCAUAGAAGUGGGAUUCAGUCUUAGCAGAACAUGAUAUUCUUGGGUGAAUAGAGUAAGAAAAACAUAUAGUUGGUUAUUAUAUUGAUUUAUAAAUCUCUCAAGUAGAUACUCUGACAAAAUAUUUGCCAAUCUGUAUAGAAAAUCUGAAAACUCAGUUACACUUGAACUCUGAGCAAGUUCCCUGUAUACUAAUAGCUUAACAUUAAAUAGCUGGCAUAGUAUAUAAUCUCAUUUAAUCAAACCCCAGAUGAGAAGGAAAUUUUCCUUGGUGAGACUGUUAUCUUAGUUCAGGAAAUUGUUUAAUAAUACUAGUUACCUAUAGUAAGAGAAUGCUGUAACCCUAAUUUCUCUUAGAAUGUAUCACCAUAGUUGGCCCAGCCAACUUUGCAAAUAACUUGCUUUGCCUUCUGCAGAGAAAGCCUAAAAGGAAGGUAUAAUUUUCUUUUGUCAUUAUAUUUAUAUUGAAGUGCUGUGUGUUUUGUUAUGUUGUUUUAUUUUGUUUUAUUGGGGAUUUUUUGCAUUUGUUAUCUGUAGGGAGCUUUUCUCUGAGCCCUAAUAGAGAGGAUAAGUAGGAGGAUAGGUAUGUUCUCCUCACUGGAUUUUCUCAGUUUGGAAGGAAAUGUGGACAUAGUUGAAGGUUGACCUUAGAGUUGUGACUGUUGUUGCAGUGCUUGGAUAUGAUGCCGUGUGAAUAAUAAUUGUGUUGCUCUCUAAUAUAAGAUGUAUUUAUAUUUAAUUCAUUGAAUUACUCAUCAUAACUGGAAAUGUCUUGUUACCUCAAUCCUGGACUGUCUAACUGACAGUGUGGUGGCAACAGCCUCUUUUAGAGCAUAUUGAUAAAAACAUGGCUGAAAGAAAGUAAUGAUAUCUGAAGACUAUGUAGAAAAUGGCAUUUGUUCCCAGUGUUUGUCCUCUUUUCAAGUACAUUUCAGUGUGUGCUGAGCAUGGCAGAUUCUGCACCAGAAGUGCUAGGUGAUGUAUCCAUACAGUGGAUGCAACAUAAGUAGUUGUGGCAGAAGCUUCUGCCCCUGAUACUGUUCCCAGUCACUUCAGUCAGCAUGGGCCACCUGCUGGGUUUCAGGGAGCCUGUGGGGGCAUCACCGACCAGCUUCCUGAAAAGAGCUCUUUGAGAACUGGCUCUUCAUUAGCUAAGUUUCUUCCAGGCCCCGCUAUUCUGAACUGCUGCAGGUAGACAAGGUAGAUGUCACGCCAGACUUUUUAAAAAUGCUUUGCUUAUAGCAUUUUAUUUAUAAUUCUGAUAUUUAUAUUUCUCAUUUAAUAAGGGGCUUUAUCUUAGUAAAGUAUAGUGUUUAAGAGAGAUGUCUGUAUGUAAAACAUGCAAAAUUGUAUAUGUUGUGCCAUUAUGCCCUAUAUCCUUGCGGUGUCACAUAUCACAUCUAACACACAGUACAAUGGGCUUCUUCCAGACCUGUAUUUUUCAGUGAGCAAUAAAAAGAUCGUUUGACACUA